AUGACUGGAAACUUCAAAUGCGGCGAACCAGGUGACUCACCCUCUACGUGUCGCUCUCUCGUAGAUUACUCAAGCAAGCAAGGCACAACCUACGGCAAUAUCAAAACUCUCUUCGCUGUGAAGAAGCUCCGUUCGAUCUUCGAAUCCAACCUCCUCCCACUCUCCACCCAACGCACUCAGUGCGUGAACCCGAACCAGGUCGUACACGUCCCAGUCCCUUGCUCUUGCUCAAACAGAACUGGCGUAUCGAACCGGACUCCGGUUUACACCGUCAAGAAGGGAGACACGCUCUUCUUCAUCGCAUCUGAGAUUUUCGGAGGGUUGGUUCAGUACCAGAGGAUCAGUGACCUGAACAAGAUUUCCGACGCAAGCGAAAUCGAUGUUGGUCAAAGGUUUUGGAUCCCUUUGCCUUCUAUGAGAUCUAUAUGA